GAAAAAUUUUCAACUAUAUAAGUAAGCUAUCCCCAGCCAUAACCACCAAUAAACCAUUCCUUUACCAUAACACCUUAUAGAAAAAUUUUCAAAUAUGUCUUACAGAGAGGAUAGUUAUAACAACCGAGAUGGUGGCUAUGGCAGAGGUUAUUCCGAUGGAGGUUAUCGCGGUAACUAUAGAGGAGGAGGUAACCGAUUCAAUUCCUCUCGUGGAUCAUAUGGUGGUGAUAGAAACGGAUUCGCAUCUGGUGGCCGUAAAAACGAUUUUUACGAAUCAGAAGGUCCCGGUGCUAAUUUAGAGAAGAAAGACUGGACCAAUGAAACCUUGACUCCGUUCCAAAAAGACUUUUAUAAGGAGCACGAGAAUGUUAUUAAUCGUUCCGAUGCCGAAAUCGAAGCCUAUCGUAAAGAAAAGGAAAUUGUUGUUCACGGCUUAAAUGUUCCUAAGCCAGUUACAACUUUCGAUGAAGCUGGGUUUCCCAACUAUGUAUUGAAAGAAGUCAAAGAGUUGGGAUUCGAAGCUCCAACCCCAAUCCAACAACAAGCCUGGCCUAUGGCUAUGUCUGGACGUGAUAUGGUUGGUAUUUCCGCUACUGGUUCCGGUAAGACUCUCACUUACUGCUUACCCUCAAUCGUUCAUAUUAACGCACAACCAUUGCUUGCCCCCGGAGAUGGUCCUAUUGUCCUUGUUUUGGCCCCUACACGUGAGUUAGCAGUUCAAAUUCAAGCUGAAUGCACAAAGUUCGGCCGCUCUUCUCGCAUCCGCAACACAUGUGUUUAUGGUGGUGUUCCUCGCGGUCCCCAAAUCCGUGAUUUAAUUCGCGGUGUGGAAAUUUGCAUUGCUACACCCGGACGACUUCUCGAUAUGCUUGACGCCAACAAAACCAAUCUCCGCAGAGUUACUUAUUUGGUUUUGGAUGAAGCUGAUCGAAUGUUGGAUAUGGGUUUUGAGCCUCAAAUUCGUAAAAUCGUCGACCAAAUCCGUCCUGACCGUCAAACUUUGAUGUUUUCUGCUACUUGGCCCAAAGAGGUCCAACGUCUCGCCCGUGACUAUCUAAAUGAUUAUAUUCAAUGUACCGUUGGUUCUUUGGACUUGGCCGCUUCUCACAGUAUUACUCAGAUUGUUCAAGUUGUCGAAAAUGCUGACAAGAGAGCUCGCCUUGGUCGUGACAUGGAAGAUAUUUUGAAGGAUCAUAACAAUAAGGUUUUGAUUUUCACAGGAACAAAGCGUGUUGCUGAUGAGAUUACUCGCUUUUUAAGACAAGAUGGAUGGCCUGCUCUUGCCAUUCAUGGUGACAAAGCUCAAGAUGAGCGUGAUUGGGUAUUGGGAGAGUUCCGUACAGGAAAGUCUCCUGUUAUGGUUGCAACCGAUGUUGCUUCCAGAGGUAUAGAUGUGAAAGGAAUUACUCAUGUUAUCAAUUAUGACUUCCCCGGAAACACUGAGGACUAUGUUCAUCGUAUUGGACGUACUGGCCGUGCCGGAGCUAAGGGUACUGCUUUUACAUACUUUACCCCCGAAAGUUCCAAACAAGCUAGAGAAUUAAUUGGUAUUUUGCGUGAGGCCAAGCAAAAUAUUGAUCCCAAGUUAGAAGAGAUGGUUCGUUACUCUGGUGGCGGCCGUUUCAAUAAUGGCUAUCGUAGAGGCGGCGGUUAUGGCAGAGGAGGUCCCCGCCGUGGUGGAGGUGGUGGUUACGGUGGACGUGGCCGCUCCUUUACUGGCAGUAAUAGCCAACCUCUUGCACACUCUAGAUGGUAAAAACUGAGAAGCGUUAUGAGAAUGCUAUUUUUUGGAAGGCGAAUAGGGUUUUUGUGGUUAUAUAUGUACAUUCAUUAGAUUAAUUUAGGUUUAUGUGGCUGGUGAAUUGAAUAAUUAUUUGUC